AUGAGUCGUCGUAUACUUACCCAAAAAGAGGUUGAAGAAGAAGCUCUGAAGUACUUAAGUGAUUCAGAGGAGGAGCCGUUUGUAGGGUCUGAUGAAUCGGAAUAUGUCCCUGAUGAAGAGAGCGGAAUAAGCAGCGAUAAAAGUAUUCUAGAAGAUGAAUCGUCGAUUUCACAGCCACAUAAUCAUCAGGAUCUUACAGUGAUCCUCCUUACGACCGUGUGGGCAGCCCAGGCCCAGCAACAGUACUUCCGGGUCUUGCCCAGGGACGUAAAGGUUCAGGAAGGUGGCGAGGCUAUGCUGGAGUGCGAAGUGGCCAAUCUGGCAGGUCAAGUGCAAUGGACCAAAGAUGGAUUUGCCCUAGGUUUUUCGUCUGUAAUUCCGGGAUUUCCACGGUACUCGGUGAUCGGAGACAGACGACAUGGGGUUUACAACCUUAGGGUGAGCAAUGCGUCCCUGGAGGACGACGCCGAGUAUCAAUGCCAGGUGGGGCCUGCCAGGAUGCACAAGGCUAUUCGUGCCAACGCGAGGCUCAACGUUAUUUCUCCGCCUUCUUCUGUGGAAAUCUUAGAUCACAGACACAACUCCAAGAUAGAAAUAAAGGAAAACCAAGAAUUUCAUUUGGAGUGCAGAGUAAGAAACGCUAAACCGGCAGCAAAAAUUGUCUGGUACCGAGGAAACGUAGAAAUUAAUAUACCGAACCGAGAAGAUCAAACUAUCGAAGUCCCUGGCAAAAAUGGAGACAAGCGCGUUUCUCGCUACGACACCCAUUCCAGAAUAUCCCUCAAACCUACAGCUGAAGACGAUUACGCCGAGUACACCUGUGAAGCUAGACAUGAAGCCUUGUCCCAGGACAUUCCAAUGAGAGCUACUGUUCAACUGAGUGUACUCUACCCUCCAGGAUUGCCUUAUAUUGAGGGAUAUACAGAAGGAGAGACAAUAAGACGAGGGCAAACUGUCGAAUUAGUUUGUAGAAGUCGCGGUGGAAACCCUCCUGCUCAACUGAUUUGGUACAAAAACGGAGAACAGAUUCGUAUGGCUUAUCGAACUGCUGGAAGAGUCUCGGAAAAUGUAUACACAUUCACUGCAGACGCGAGUGACAAUAAAGCAAGAUAUAAGUGUGAGGCUAGCAACAUAAUGUCCAAAUCUCCUUUGAAGGCUGAAAUUGACAUGAGCGUUUUGUUUUCACCAGCUCAUGUGACUAUUUCUGGACCUACUGAGGCAAGAGUUGGAGACCCGGUACCUCUUACUUGCACCACCGCAAAUUCAAAUCCUCCUGCAGAAAUUAAGUGGAUGGUAGCUGGUAGACAAGUACGUAAUGCAACAUCAAGAACAGUAGUUUCACCAGAAGGUGGGUGGAUAACUACGUCAAAUAUAACAGCAGUUGUUGAACCUAAUAAACGCAGUUUGGUUGUUAUUUGCCAUGGUCUUAAUAUGCAGCUAACUGAAAAUGUAGUCUCUACACAUACAAUCAAUGUGUUGUAUCCUCCAAGUCAGCCUUUUAUUCAUGGUUAUACGGAGGGUUCACAUAUACCAUCAGGAACUGUUCAGAAGAUUUCAUGCACUUCAUCUGGGGGAAACCCACUGGCAACCAUUACUUGGUACAAAAAUGACAAGAAGAUUCAUUCAACCGUAAAGACAACUGAUAAGUCUGUUACUGCCGAAAUAACUAUUUUAACAAAUGUAACUGACAACGAAGCAAGGUACAGAUGUGAGGCAGCAAAUUCUGCUACUGAAAUACCGUUAUUUGAAACCAUAACAAUGAAUGUAUACUUUCCUCCGGAUCAUGUUAAAAUCAGACAAGAGCCAGCUGAACUCACACCAAACGAAGAAGCAACUUUAAUUUGUGACUCUAGUUCUAGCAACCCACCAGCAAAAUUGUCUUGGUGGAGAGAGGGCAUUCCAGUUCAAGGUUUAAUCAACACCACAAAACCAGGGUUACACGGUGGUACGGUUUCAAGUAUUGAAAUGAAGAUUAAUGUUACGGAACAGAUGAAUGGGAUGGUAUAUACUUGUCAAGCUAAUAACGAAGCUUUACAAAGAUCAGUGCAUGAUGCUAUAACCCUUCAAGUUUUAUAUAAGCCAGUGUUUGAUAAAAAUAAUGAGGAAGCAGUAACUGGGAUAGAAAAUGAACCGUUGAUUAUUACGUUGAAAGCAGAGGGGAAUCCACAGAACAUUGCGUAUACAUGGACUAAAGACGGUUUGCCCAUAACGCAGGCAUCCUCUUCUACGGGAAUGGAAAGGAUUGUAUCGGACGGUCCAGUUUUGAAUAUUACAAAACUAAGUAGGCAUGAUGCUGGAACUUACAGUUGUGAAGCUUUGAAUUCUCAGGGUAGCAAUCUAGCUCAAGUUAAUGUCACAGUUCAAUAUCCGGCCUCAAUAAUACAAAUCAGUGAGAAUAUCAUAGUUAACCCCAAAGAAGAUGCUACUCUUUCCUGCACUGCUGAUGGUAACCCAAUGGCAGAUGAUACCAUUUCUUGGAAGAGAGCUGACUUCCCAGAAUUUGAAGCUAGAACUUCCGUUAUGUAUGACAAAAAUGGCACUUCAUACCUUAGAAUAUCUGGUGUAACUAGAGAAGACCUCGGAAACUUCCAGUGCAUUGUUAACAAUGGUGUUGGUAAUUCCACUACAAAAGAAGUGAUGCUGAUUGUGAAACAUAAACCAGAAAUAGAUGAGCACCCAACGUAUCUGAAAUUUGCUAGUGACGCUGGAGAUACUGGCAAAUUAAUCUGUAAAAGCCAAGCAUCUCCUUUAGCCAGAUACACCUGGGCUAGAAACGGUUCCCCGAUAAGUGCAAAUACUACUGGAAAAUACUACACCACAUACAAACAAAUUGACCAGUUGUCUUCGGAAUCUACGCUCUACAUUACUCAUAUAACUUCAGCAGACUACGGCAAUUAUGAAUGCGUGGCAAGGAAUGAACUGGGAUUUUCAACGAUAUCUCCCCGGUUGGAGGUGACCUCAGCACCAGACACCCCUUCACUUUUAACCGUUCUAAAUGUAACCCACGAUAGUGUUACACUUAAUUGGACACCCGGAUUCGAUGGGGGUAUGAAAGCUUCUUACCGGAUCAGGUACAGAAAAGUGAAUGAUGAUGGAUACAAAUAUGAAGAUGUCGUUGGAAACAAUGUAACAACCCAUGUUAUCAAAGGUUUAGAAACAAAUAGUCAAUAUGUGUUUUCAAUCAUGGCGUCGAAUAAAUUGGGGACCAGCAAGUAUAUUCCUGACCUGCUGUCGGCAAAAACUGCAAUGCUAAUCGACCAAGGUGAAUCUGCCAUACCUGAAGAUUUGUUAGAAAAGCAGGAUUUACCUAGGAUAGUUAUAAUUAGUAUUUCUGUUAUCGGUGUUAUCCUUUUGUUUAUCAAUAUUGGUUUAGUAGCUGGCUGCAUGCUCAAAAGGAGAGCAAAAAGACUGAAAGAACAAAACAAUCAAACAAGCAAAUCUGCUACAAUAGAGAUGUAUGCCCCAAGCAGCUAUAAUGACACAGUGACAGGAGAAACUCUUUCUUCUGUAAGUGAGAAAAGUGAAACCUACAGCAAUGAGGGAAGCAAUAAUGAUUACGUGGAUGAGGGCCGUAAACCCACAGCAAAUUCGUACCUAAUGGACCAUCAACCUGACUAUCCAGGUGCGUACCCCGUGUACGAAAUGCAGAUGCCUAUGCAGACUGGGGUCAAUAUGGCCCACAAGACCCACACCCUGCCCCAUCCCCAUCACCACCACCACCAUCCUAUGCAUGACCAGAGGCCGCGAGCCAGGGACGACCAGAGUCUCGGCUAUCACGGCGGCAUGUCAGGAAAAUCUUCUUAUGUAAGUGCCCCUUCCCCUGCUCCGCCGGCCGACGGCUCGUACUACAACAUGUCGGAUCGCUAUCUGUCCUACCCACCACCGCUGGACUUCCAAAACCCACCACCCAUACCAGCCCACCCUCACAUAGGACACGCACACGCACCAGUAACACCUCCAUUGCCAUCGAAUGGAUCCCUUCUACGACACCAGAGAGGUGUGGUGCCACCCCCGGAUGUCCUUCACAACACCAGCCAAAAUCCUCAAAUUUUGCAGGCUCAAACACUUGCUCAAAAACGUGAGUUAACUAGUUUUGGUAAUGGUUACGGUGUUAAUGAACAAGAGGGACACCUGGUGUGAGACGCGGUGGAAGUUUUGUAUGUGUUGUAAAAAAAUAGUUAUUCGUAAACGAGAUGUGUUUGCCCAGUUUUAUUAGGUGUUACAUAAUAAGACUGCAUACGAAAGACUUUCCGAUGUACUAAAAUAAAUGUGAUUUGUAUAAGUUGGUAAGAGAGCAAUAGGAAAUGGACUGAUUGCUUCGAGCAAAUAAAAACACUUUUUUAAAUAAUCACUGGAAGAGAUUACCUUUCACUUACAAGAAGACUUUAUCAGAAGACAUUUUAAUUAGCUACUUAUAGCAGUCGUGCUGUAUAAAUUUAUCUUUCAAUUUUGAAAGAGUAGUUAUGCAGUCUCGUUUUCAAGGAAGAACAUUGUUACUCUUUUUUUUUUCAGGUCUAAUGACUGAAAAUUGUGUUGCUAACUGAUAAUCAGUUGUAGAUAAUUAUAAUAAUUAAUGUGAUCUUAAAAUAUGUGAAUUAACCAAGUUAUAUAUUUUCAGUUACAAUACUUAUUACAAUACUUAAUAUUACAGUUUAAUUUCCUUCUCUUCUUGUUUAGUGUACAGAUGUAUUACAGAAUUACAACAUGUUUUUGUACAUAAUUUUUUUGAAUUUAGGUUUUUAAUUUCAUGAAAAUAUUUUACUAGUCCAAUCAAUCAACCAAAGUGUGUUUCAUUUCUUUUGUAAAAAUUCUUUUAUCAUUAUUAAUUUUAGUGUUUGUUUUGUUCUACCAGUUAGGCAGAAUAUUUUAUUUAUUUCUUCUUUCGCAUAU